AUGUCAUCAGCUGUGUGUUAGCAGCUCCUCUCCAUGAGCUGCCUCUGUCUCUCUGGCCGAGCCAGAGGCAGCGACAGAGUCAGCUGUUCAACAUCUGACCGUCACCAGCGGCUCGACGGUGAUCACUUAACAUUAUUGAUCUGGUCAGAUGAUCAACCUGCAAGGUCAGCAUGGAAGCUCUGCGCCGCAUCAUCAGCACAUUAGCCAGUAAGAAUGAGGAGCUCCAGCACUUCCUGGGAACGGUGGACAGCACUCUAAUGGGCCUACAGGAGGAGUCGUGUAAGGUGAUGUCAGAGCUGGAGACAGAACUGGAGCUGCUCAGCUCCACCUUAGAGGACAGAGGGCGACAGCUGCAGGAAAACAUCCGGGAAGAGAAGGAGAGGAAGGAAGCAGAGCUUCAGCGGCAGCAAUCGGAGGGGAAACUGGCUCUGAUGUCGUGUGAAGAGCUGCUCAACUUUGCUAAUCAUUCGUUGACGAUCAGCAAUGAAGAAGAGUUUCUCACGGCGGCAAAACAGAUCAAAGAACGGGUAACCAUGGCUCCAGCGUUCCGUCUGACCACUCGCCCCACGGUUUCUGAAAACAUGUCACAAUUUACCGUUGACUUCGGCGGUGAGAGGGCGGGGCUUCAGGGACUUCACUUCCUGCCAGUCCCCAGAGCUCCAGAGAUUGACGUUUCCAGCUGCGUUGUCCGUGACAACGCCGUCUCUGUUGUCUGGCAACCGCAUAGUGAGGAAGAGUGCAAUGGCGACGGCGGCGGCGGCAGCAGCAGACCAAUCGAACGCUAUGAAGUCGAAUACCAAAAAACUAACCGGAACAGUGUACUAAGAGCCACAGGAGAUGCAUGCUGGGAAAAAAUCUGUGACAUCACGGAGCCGCAGGUCACUAUCUCAGGUCUGAAGUUUGAUCUACCAUUUAUUGUCAUUCGAGUUCGAGCAAGAAACAAAGCAGCAGCAGGAGAGUUUUCUGAACCUGUAACCCUGGAAACAAGAGCGUUCAACUUCGGGUUUGACACUGUGACGGCUCAUGCUGAUCUGAAGGUUCAGUGUGACACGGUCACCUGGGAGCCGCAGGGGGUCAAAGGUCACGAUGCACGCCUCCGUGGCAAAGACAGCAAAAACAGCCGGAGUGCCACUCCGUCGCCCAAUAAGACAGCAGGAAGUCGAGCUGGACGCGACCGCUUCGCUGGAGAGUCCUACACAGUGCUGGGCGACCAGGAGAUAAGUGGGGGCUGCCACUACUGGGAGCUCCGCCCCCUUGCUGAUUGGAAAUCCUUUAGUGUGGGCGUGGCCUGCCGGGGAAGUCUGGGCCGGUUUGACCAGUUAGGGAAGAGCAGCGGUUCGUGGUGUCUGUACGCCAGCCAGUGGCUGCAGAGCUCUCUGGCCGCCAAGCACAACAACCGGGCCAAGGCUCUGGACUGGGCGGCCCCGCAGAGGAUCGGAGUCUACUGCCACUACGACAACGGAGAUUUAAUGUUCAUCGACGUCGACCGGCUUCGUCUUCUUCACUGCUUCAGAACAAAGUUCAGCCAGCCGCUCGUCCCCGCGUUCACCGUGUGGUGUGGCGGUAUCGCCAUAGCUACGGGGCUGCAGGUGCCGAGCUUCAUGGGAAACUUCUUGUCCACCAACCGGAGCCUCAGCAGCCUGUCUCAGUAGAUCAAUGAUCGCUUCAUCACUAAUAAAUAUCACUGAGGAAAUGUUUGUAUGAGUCCUGCAAUGUUGGUUGAUGAUACAUUUUAUACUGAUUACAGACAUAUUUAUAAACUGCUGUUAUUGAUAAAGAGUUUAACUGUAAAACAGAUUUUUAAAGCUAUGAUACAUUUUCUUUUAGCUGGGGCUUUUAUUCUGACAGAUGCAGUAGAAUGCAAAACACUUUAUUUUGAAGGCUGAUUCAUUAGUGAUUUAUGUGUGAAUUUGUGAGGAUUUUAUUGUGAAGGACUGUAUUAGAGCGAAUGUUUAACUUUGUUUUUUAACUUCCUGACCCUGCAACUGACUUUUAUUGUGAAGAUCUCAGGUUGGAAGUUAUUGUUUAAUGUACUUGAACAUUCAACACAUGAAUCUGUCUAAGAGGGGAUGUAUUGACCCACGAUGAGACCUAAGACCACUUUCUUGAUGCUGUGAUAAACAAUAAGCCAGAUUUAAGGGGACUGGAUAGCUCACUUGGUUGAGCAUGCGAAAUAAAGGCCACAAAACCUUUAAAAAACGCCCUGAAGAGGUCACUGAUGCAAACAACCCAGAACUGUUCAAUUUGAAAGGAAUUAAUACAUUUACAUACAUGUAUAUCAAAUAAAAGCUGUUUUCUAGUUUGGUUACUGAGAACCUUAGAUGACACAGAUAUGACUAAAUGUGGAGAAAAUCUGUCCCAGUAUUCCUCUUGACAACCCACUGUCCCGCAGCAGAAACAUCGGUCUUGGUCCAAUAAAUGGUGAGAUGUUGUAGACUGGAUUUCUGAAGUGUCUAGUUUUAACAUGAAUCCAAACAGAAAUGAGCUCUAAAAGUGGAAGAUUGUCAUAUUUCUGCUGUUUUAUCUUCAUUGUGCUGACAUGAUCAUACGAUAUUCUACUCAUCUGCUGGACUCAGAUGUUCUGGAGGGAUCUGUCUACAGCCAGAACCAUCUAUCAUGACUCUCUGAAGAAAGUUGCUGCUACAUCUCAUUUUUCUUCAGGGAUUAAUAAAGUUGAACUGAACUGGA